CUCCGCAGCCGCCUCGUCGCUUGAGCUGUGGGCGCUGACGUGUCUGGGCCGGUGUUUGCGACUCCUCCCUGCGCGGGUAGCCACUCGUCGCGGCGACGGAGGGGCGGGGUGGCCGGGGCCGGCGCUCCCCUUGGCCCCAGCUCCCGGCCCGCCCUGCCGCCCCGGCCCCCCGGAUGAGGGUAUAUAUUCGGAGCGGGCGCUGGACGCCGAUGAGUGGCCGAGCCGAAGGAGCCGGAGCUGGGCGGAGCUGUGGUCGCGCCGAGAGAGGUUUACAGGUGCAGAAAUUACACCCCAGUUAUUACAAAACUUGGCUACCAGAGCAUUAUGAAUGUUAAUGACCUCAAACUCAGGUUGUCCAAAGCUGGGCAAGAACACCUAUUGCAAUUCUGGAAUGAGCUGGAAGAAGCCCAACAGGUAGAACUUUUCACAGAGCUCCAGGCCAUGAACUUUGAGGAGCUGAACUUCUUUUUCCAGAAGGCCAUUGAAGGAUUUAACCAUUCUUCCCAGCCAGUGAAAGUGGACGCACGGAUGGAAGCUGUCCCUCGAGAGGUGUUGGGCAGCGCUACCAGGGAUCACGAUCAGCUGCAGGCCUGGGAAAGUGAAGGACUUUUCCAGAUUUCUCAGAACAAAGUAGCAGUUCUUCUUCUAGCUGGUGGGCAGGGGACAAGACUUGGUGUUGCAUAUCCCAAGGGGAUGUAUGAUGUCGGUUUGCCAUCCCAUAAGACACUUUUUCAGAUUCAAGCAGAGCGUAUCCUGAAGCUUCAACAGUUAGCUGAAAAAUAUCAUGGCAACAAAUGCAUCAUUCCGUGGUAUAUAAUGACCAGUGGCAGAACAAUGGAAUCUAUAAAGGAGUUCUUCACAAAGCACAAGUACUUUGGUUUAAAAAAAGAGAAUGUAAUCUUUUUUCAGCAGGGAAUGCUGCCUGCUAUGAGUUUUGAUGGGAAAAUUAUUUUGGAAGAGAAGAACAAGGUUUCUAUGGCUCCAGAUGGGAAUGGUGGUCUUUAUCGGGCUCUCGCAGCCCAGAAUAUUGUGGAGGAUAUGGAGCAAAGAGGCAUUUGGAGCAUUCAUGUCUAUUGUGUUGACAACAUAUUAGUAAAAGUGGCAGACCCACGGUUCAUUGGAUUUUGCAUUCAGAAAGGAGCAGACUGUGGAGCAAAGGUGGUAGAGAAAACGAACCCUACAGAACCAGUUGGAGUGGUUUGCCGAGUGGAUGGAGUAUACCAGGUGGUGGAAUAUAGUGAGAUUUCUCUGUCUACAGCUCAAAAACGAAGCUCAGAUGGACGACUGCUGUUCAAUGCGGGGAACAUUGCCAACCAUUUCUUCACUGUACCGUUUCUGAGAGAUGUUGUCAAUAUUUAUGAACCUCAGUUGCAGCACCAUGUGGCUCAAAAGAAGAUUCCAUAUGUGGAUUCCCAGGGGCAGUUAAUUAAGCCAGACAAACCAAAUGGAAUAAAGAUGGAAAAAUUUGUCUUUGACAUCUUCCAGUUUGCAAAGAAGUUUGUGGUGUAUGAAGUAUUACGGGAAGAUGAGUUUUCCCCACUGAAGAAUGCAGACAGUCAGAACGGGAAGGACAACCCCACUACUGCAAGGCACGCUUUGAUGUCCCUCCAUCAUUGCUGGGUCCUCAAUGCCGGGGGCCACUUCAUAGAUGAAAAUGGCUCUCGCCUCCCAGCAAUUCCGCGCUUGAAGGAUGCCAAUGAUGUACCAAUACAAUGUGAAAUCUCUCCUCUUAUCUCCUAUGCUGGAGAAGGACUAGAAAGUUAUGUGGCAGAUAAAGAAUUCCACGCACCUUUAAUCAUUGAUGAGAAUGGAGUCCAUGAGCUGGUGAAGAAUGGUAUAUGAGCCAGAUACCAAGUUCCACCACGAUAAGAAUAGCUUUUAUUUUUGAUAGACCGACUGUGAACCUACAGGACCUCUCCUGGAAUACUCAGUUUUCAAUAUCCACAGGCUUUCAUUUUAAUUGUUGAACUCUCGUAACUACUACAUAUUCCCCAAGAUCCAGAUGACUGAACUUCAGAAGGUGUUUUUAUGAUUCUCAACUGAUUGAAGGUCUUAUUUAUAUUUUUCAAUUGUGUACUUUUUUUUCCAAGCUAAGGAAAACAUUGGCCAUCUAGGAAAUUUCCUACAGCUUACGUGUAGUCAGGGUGUUCAACAUCACUUUACUUGGAGCUGGCAGCGCUUGUUUUUGAAGUUGUACAUAGUAAUAAUAUGUCGUUGUACAUGUUGAAAGGUUUCUAUGGUACUAAAAGUUUGUUUUAUUUUAUCAAAAAUUAAAUAUUUUUAAGAAAAUGAUUGGACAAUAAAAUGAACUUUUCUUCUUGUCUCUGGAGUGUCA